AUGAAAAAUUCUCCUGCUACUUUCCAGAGAAUGAUGAACAAAUGUCUUUCGGACAUUGAGGGUGUAGAGGUGUAUGUAGAUGACAUUGUGAUAUACAGUGAUACAUUUGAACAACACCUCAACCUGUUGUGUAAGGUCUUUGAAAGAAUAGCCUUGGUGAUGGCGAACCUCAGCAUGCUGUGGGGCUCCGGUGUGCUAAUCAAUAUAUCUAAUCACACGGGAUCAGCUGGAUCUCCAGGAGUGGCCCAUUCUCCAGAGCCUCCCUGCACCAUGUGCUGCUGUGGAUUACUGAACCGUAUACUGACUGUGGUGUUCAUGGUCGGCCUGGCCUUCGCUAUUGUCGUCGGCAACGUGGUGACGCUCACAGUGUUCAUGCAAACUCGCCAAUCCUGGAUGCCACAAGGCUACCUCAAAGUAUCUCUGGCCAUAGCGGACAUGACGGUCGGGAUGGUGGUGGUGCCAUUCUCCAUUUACACCGAGAUAUCCAUCAUGGUUACCAGCACCUAUCCUAUGUGGUACCAGAGUGGAUCUAUGGUUUCAGGACAAGAACAUUCCAGCUCUUGGCAGCCGUGCAUGGUAAUUGGCCCAAUAUUUGCUGGCUGUACGUUUGUCUCUAUCAGCACUAUCUUCUUAAUGACGGUGGAGCGCAGUGUGGCCAUUUUGUGGCCUUUACAGAAAGAUACACUCGUGACCCGGCGACGGACUUUGCUCCUGAUGCUCGUCUCAUGGACCGGUAGCUUCCUGCUUGCGGCAGCACCCCUAACCUUGAGUGAGAGCUUUACUUUGGAGUACAAUGAGUGCAGCCGGAUGUGUAACUAUGUCCCACUCCUGGUGGGUCUUCAGCUGCCAGCUGACACCAACAUAAUGCUGUUAUUUCCAGCUUUUGACUUCACAAUCCUGGGCAGCACUUUGAUUGUUAACAUCCUAUCCUUCACUAGCAUCUGCCACUACACCCGCAAGCGCAAGCUCCUCUUAGCGGGGCUUGAGGGAGGCACAAGCACCUGCUCCCACAGACCCUGCUCUUCAGACAUCAAAGCAGCAAAAACUAUUGGCAUCCUCACCUUUGCUUUUACUGCCUCAUUCUCGCCCAUUGCUGUCUUUGUCCUGGGUAAUGUGGUUGGCUACACCUGGUGCAACUUCUCCUUCUUUGCCUUCUGGAUCCUGACAGGGAACAGCUGCUGUAAUGUGAUUAUCUACAGCAUCAGGGAUCAUCGCUUUAGGAAAGGAGUGUUGCUUCUUUUUCAUAAGGACCGUUCACCACAAAACUCUGAGAAGAGCUAA